AUGACGGCUGCCGGGGGGGUCGCGGCUGAGGUUAAGCUCGCCCCUUCGGAUACGUCUGGUCGGCCCCAAACGGCCUGGGAAGUCCCAGACAGAGGGCUGCUCCGUCUUGCGCACCUCAGCCAUGCAGUUGUCGCACCUGGUGUGGAGGAGCGCUUGAGGAUCGAGUUGCGGGACAUCGUCUUGCCGCCGCAUCCUGGCGGCCAGGGCCAUUUUAAUGCCGUGCACGACGAGCUGCGCUGCAAGGCUUACGUGGGACCUGCAAGAGCCUUGUUCGGCUCCGAUGGCCGUCCAGAUAAAUCGCGGCUGAAAGAAGCCAGGUUGGAGGUCUCAGGACACCAAGCGGCAGCCGAGGUGGACCUUGGUGUUCCCGAACCGCAGGAGCCCUGGGCUUUGCGGAUGAAGCUCUACCGGAGACCUGCAAGCAACCUCUUCGCCCAGGAGAAAUGCGCAGAGUUCGUGGAGGCGCUGCCGUGCCCCCGCUCGGCUGUGCAGCUGCCAGGGCCCUCGGGCGGUCGACAGGUCGGGGCGGCGCAGGUCGAGGUGCUUCGGCUCGUGCCUGCUGCAGCUGCCGAUGCGCUCCAGGAGGCUUGUGGCCGGGUCCUGGCCCAGGCCGUGGAUGCAGGCGUCGAGGCCGAGGACGUGGAGAAGCUCUGUUUGGGCGCGCGGGAGCUCGGGCCAGAGACGCUGCGCCGGCCCGAGGCGGCCCAGGCGCUCUUGGCGGCCGCGAAGUUGGGGAAGCACGCCGUGGUGGAGAAGCUCCUUUCGGCAGGCGUCCGGGCAACCCUGGCGGCGGCCAGGGCCGCGGAGCAGGCUGGUGAGCACUUGCUCGCCUCGAGGCUCUUCUCCAGCGCCGAGGGAGCCAAGAAGAGCGAAGUCCUUCUGCGGAGGGCUGUGGAGGAGCGGAUGCCCUUCGUUGCAGAACAGAUCCUGAAGGAGGAUGCCACGGCUCUUGAGGGGCUGGACCAGGAAGCGGCGAGGAAGGCCCACGCGGCCGGCGCGUGGACCGUCCUGGCUGCGCUGCUGGAUCGUGGCGAUCCCGCGCCGGCGCAGCCGAGGCUCCUCCUGGACUACGCCCUGCGCGCGGGCCACGCGGGCCUCGCGAGGUCCUGCCUGGCGCAUCUGGGCGAGGACACCAGGGACAUGGACCUGGCACUCCGCACCUGCCUGGACCACGGCCGCACGGAGAUCGUCCGCGAGGCCUUGGAGGUGAUGUGGAAGGCUCGCAGCGGCGGGCAAUCCGAAGGACCCCCUCUUCUGGAGCUGGAAGGGGGCACUCCAGACCACCCUGCGGAAUGCAGCAUUUGCUUCGAGGAGCUGUACACGAAUCCAGGGGUCUAUGUCAACGAGCAUGGUCUCCGUGUUUGCGGGCACUUCACUUGCCUGAACUGCGCCGAGCAUGUCCAAGACGAGGCCGGCGAGCGCUUCCGUGCGUGGCGGGCCCGGCGCGAGCCCCGCAUCCCGCGGCCGCCGGGCCCCGUCUGUCCUCUUUGCCGAGCUCCUUUCGAGGCGGCGGUGCGACUGACGGAUCCCACGGUGGAUCCCAAAGCCUUCUUCCGCCUCGCCUGCGUUCCAGAGGACGCCGAUGCGAAUCCUGAGUCCUUGACCUUGAAGGAGAAAUUUGCCCUCAGCACGCUCGGUGCAUUGCUGCCGGUGAACGUCUCGAACUUCGCAGCGACCUUUCAAAGCCUCUGGCCAGCCUGGUGCGACGCGGAUCUCCAGCCUCGGCCGGAAGGAUUGCGGGAAGCGGACUUCCUAAGGCCCGGCGGCAUGCUCGCCUGGCUCAGCGGGCAUCUUCUGGAGCUCAAGGUCCAAGGCCAGCUGGGCCAGCCACCACGCCUGGACUGUCCAGAGACUUGGUUCCGGCACUUCGACUUUCAGAAUUCCGGGCGGCUCACCAAGUCCGAGCUGCUCCGGGGCGUGGUGAAGGCCUUCGACUGCUCGCAGCUGGCGGCGCCGGGGACGCCCUCGCGGAGGGCGCGGAGCGCCGGGGUCCUGAAGCUCCGGGAUCUCGUGGAGGCGGUCUGGGACGAGGAGCGCUGGGCAUCCGGCGUGCCCUUGGAGGAUUUCGUGGGCAGCAGCGGCCUGGCCGAGCGCCUGCGAGCCGCGCUGCCGCUCGGCCCGGGCGGCCCUCCAGCGGCCGCCGCGGGCCCGUCCGCCGCAGCGAGUGGUGGAAGGCCUGCAGACACGCCGAAAGCAGAGACCGUCAGCGUGGAGGAGGCACUGCGUCUCGCACGAGCCAGUGACUUCAAGACCGUGCAGGAGGACGAGGCGCGAGCCAAGGUGCGGGCGGAGAAGCAGCGCCAGCCACUGACGCAAUCUCCGAGCCGGGACGGGGCGGCGGAGCCCAGGAGGCCUGGCGGCCCGGCGGGUGGCGCUCAAGUGCUGCUGGCAUCGCUCCUCGAGGCCGCCCGGGAGGAGGGCCGACUUGGAGCCACUCGCCAGCUCCGGAUCCAGUGCCCCUUCUGUGGCGUGGUGAACGCCGCUCGCGCCUCGGAGAGACAUCGAGUCAUCUGCGGUGCCUGCCGGAGUGUCUUCGCAGUUCCCAGUUUGGGGCGGCGCUGA